AUGACCCGUUUCGUGUCGGAGUUUGACGCUUUGGGCGCGGCCUAUCAGCAGGUGCCGAUCACCUGCGUGUCGACGGGCUACGCGCUGGGGGGCGGGUCCGCGGGGUCAACAUUCCUCGAAACACCGUCUGCCCCGAUGAACAGUCUGUACGUCCAGAUGCAGAGCCGGUGGGGCAGUCGCAUGGCGUUCACUUUCAAUUUCUAUCCGUACUUCAACGGCUGGCGCGACGCCGACGGUGGCUGUGACAGCGCCCUUGCUUGGGGCAACUGCUUCGAGAGGAACUGCAUGGUGCCCAGCAAGGUGAAGGACGCGCGCAACAAGAUCAUGCAUCUGACAGGCGACGCCACCCGGCUGCUGUGGAUAGGCGAGACGGGUUGGUCUUCUUCGGUCUCUGAGACUUUGGGCACAAGCGACAUCACGGAAUGUCUUGAAUGGGCGUCGCCUGAUUCGUUCCGGAGGUACUACGAGGGAUUCUUGGGUUGGGACCUCGGCUUCACUCCCGACCAGUGCUACUAUCACGUUCAGUUAGCGGACACGAGCAAGGGCGAAAGCGGAUGCGCCAAUGCUUCGUUGUCGUGGAGCGAGUACGUGAACGACAUCGGCGAGUGCCGGGCGAAUUGCAAUGCACAGGGCGCAGUCUACAUCUCGUGGCACGCGGACAGGCGGUGUGGAUGCUACUCCAGUUGCGAGCUGUCGCGCCCAGCGUCAGAGUUCGGGGCGGCCGCUGUGUUCUACGAGUGCGGCGGGGACGUGCCUGUGGACCACGCUUUCUUCUUCUCGCUGAGAGAUUCGCAGGUAUUCGGCAAGACGGAGGCGUUUGGUUUGGUGGGCCGUUGCGACGAGCCCACUUGCAAGGUUGUGGCAUCCCCGAGUUUCCAGACGUACGACUACCAGGUCUUUGGCAAUGCCUCGGAGAAGUGCGGUGGGCUUGUACUGUUCGACGGCCCGUCCUACGGGGCUGAGAAUUGCCAAAACAAGUGUUCUAUGGACUCCCGGUGCGCGUUCUUCACACGAUGGCCCAAUUCAUGGGAAUACGAUGGUCAAGACGUGUAUUGGUGCAGGUUGACGGAGAGCUGUUGCGACACAGAAGUUGUAGACGAUUAUCUGCAAGUUUACGCAAAACGCGUUGUGGGUUACGACCCUAACAGCAGCGUUGAUUGUGACAGCACACAGACUGACUCCGCGGUAUCCGAGCGCGGUUUCUCUCUGACGGCUGGGAUUGUUCUACUGUGCAGUAUGUUUUCGGGCUCUUUCUGA